AUGGAUUUGUCAAAGCACAUUGAGUGUAUCUCAAAAUGGCCAGCCCACAUUGCCCCGGGCUUGCCUACUUACGGAGCACUGUUCCUUCUGGCGACUGGUGGGCUGGUUAUCGCCUGCAAAGUCUGGACCUUCGUCCGAGUGCUCCUCAGCCUGUUCGUGCUUCCGGGUAAACCGCUCCGCUCUUUCGGACCCCCCGGUAGCUGGGCCGUGGUGACAGGCGCCUCGGAUGGCCUGGGCAAGGAAUUCGCGCUGCAAUUGGCCAAGUCGAAGUUCAAUGUCGUUCUCGUGUCCCGGACCGCCUCAAAGCUGGCAACUCUGUCAGAGGAUAUUACCAAGCAAUUCCCCCAGGUGCAGACCAAGACACUGGCCAUGGAUUUCGCCAAGAAUGACGACGCCGACUUUGAGGCGCUGGGAGAGCUUGUCUCCGGCCUGGACGUGUCCGUGUUGGUCAACAACGUCGGCCUGAGCCACUCGAUCCCCGUUCCGUUCGCGCAGACUCCCGCGGCCGAGAUGGCCGAUAUCGUGACCAUCAACUGCACCGGCACGCUCCGCGUCACUCAGCUUGUCGUUCCCGGCAUGAUGCAGCGCCGUCGCGGUCUGAUUCUGACUAUGGGCUCUUUCGGCGGUCUCCUUCCUACUCCUUUCCUCGCCACUUACUCUGGCAGCAAGGCUUUCCUGCAGCACUGGUCCACUGCUCUUGGCGGCGAGUUGGCCCCCUACGGCAUUGAUGUUGAACUCGUCCAGGCCUACCUGAUUACCUCUGCCAUGUCCAAGAUCCGUCGCGCUUCUGCCACUAUCCCCACCCCUCGCGCUUUUGUUCGCUCCGUGCUCUCCAAGAUUGGCCGCAGUGGUGGCUCGCCUAGCUAUGCUUACAGUUCGUCGCCCUACUGGAGCCAUGGUCUCAUGGCUUACUUCUUGACUUCUGUUGCCGGUACUAUGGGCAAGUUCGUUCUCGGACAGAACAAGUCUAUGCAUGAGAGCAUCCGCAAGCGUGCUCUCCGCAAGGCCGAGCGUGAGAAUGCCAAGAAGAGCACCUGA